GGGUCUAUGGGAAAUAAUUCAUAAAUACUGAGUUAUCAUCUUCUAUAAAACUAAUAUACAAUUUUGUUGUCUUUUAAGAAUCGUUUCUUAAUACCAUUCAAAUUUUGUAAAAAAGCGAUAACAUUUUUAACUUUAUCACAUAUAAGAUAAUUUUUUUGCUUACAUAGACUAUAAUUUUACAAAAUAUGUUUGUUCUAGUAUUAAGUUUAGCGGCAUUAUUCAAGAGUAAAGAUCAUAAUUGCUAGUCUAAUUCGGACUGAAAUUUAUAAAUCUAAAACUAAUGUUACUCUAAUAAAAAAAUUAUUUAUUCGUUCAAUCUGAUCGUACAAUGAAAACUGUUUGGAAAAUAUGGUUUCCAAUUGUUGUAAAUGCAAUGAUGUCAAUUAUUGCGUAUGCCGUUACAAUACGGCUUAUACCAAAAUUAAAACCAAUGUUUAUCAAAGCGAAUUUAUUUGGUAUUGACAUGAAUAAACGAACUAGCGAUAAAGUACCUGAAGCAUUAGGUGUGGUUUCUGGCUGUAUAUUUUUAGUAACAUUGUUCCUUUUUAUUCCUAUUCCAUUUGGAUCUUCCAUAUUUGAAAAUGGGAAUUUUCCACAUGAUGAAUUUGUGGAACUUAUAGCAGCUUUACUAUCUAUAUGCUGUAUGUUAUUACUUGGAUUCGCGGAUGAUGUCUUGGAUUUACGAUGGCGUCAUAAAUUAAUGUUACCCACCGUGGCAUCAUUACCUUUACUCAUGGUCUACUACGUAAAUUUUAAUUCAACAACUAUUCUUGUUCCAAAACCGUUGCACGAUAUAUUCGGACAAUCCGUAAAUUUAGGCUACAUCUAUUACUUGUAUAUGGGAAUGUUGGCUGUAUUUUGUACGAACGCUAUCAAUAUCUUGGCUGGAGUCAAUGGUUUAGAAGCUGGGCAAAGUAUUGUUAUUGCUUUAUCGAUCACGAUUUUUAAUAUUAUCGAAUUAUCGAGUGAUGUUUGGAAAGUGCAUCAGUUUAGUUUGUAUUUUAUGCUUCCAUAUAUUGCGACGUCGUUAGCUUUGCUUAGACAUAAUUGGUAUCCAUCAAAAGUGUUCGUUGGCGAUACAUUUUGCUACCUCUCUGGAAUGACAUUUGCUGUGGUCGGUAUUUUAGGACAUUUUAGUAAAACAACAUUACUAUUUUUUAUCCCACAAGUAUUUAAUUUUCUAUAUUCCGUACCUCAACUAUUUCAUUUAGUUCCGUGCCCUCGACAUCGUAUGCCAAAAUUUAAUUCGAAAAUUGAUAAAUUAGAAAUUAGUUGUACAAAUUUUAAUUAUUCUGAACUACAUUGGCUAGGAAAAUUAUUUAUACGAUUAUUUAAAAUGUUAGGCUUAGUGAAAUGGGAUGAAAAGGGUGAUCAUGUUAUUGUAAAUAAUUUAACGGUUAUAAAUUUAAUUUUAUUAUGGACAGGACCAAUGCAUGAAGCAAAAUUAACGACAGUGUUAAUAUCGAUACAAAUUUUAUGUAGUUGUAUUGCAUUUUUAAUUCGUUAUCCAUUGGCAUCUUACGUUUAUGAUUAGAAAAUCGAAAUCGAUACUAAUGUUAAACGAUUUUUCAUAGAGUUAAAUAAUAUACCAAAGUUUAAAUACAUAUUGCCUUCUAAAGUUGGCAUUGACCUACUAAUAGGCCUUUGUCCUGAUGUCGAUUUUAAUGUAUCUUCCAUUUAAAUUUGAAAAUAUGCGAAAAUAGAUGCCAAAAUAUGAAAUAAAAAUUAAAAUCGAUUGAUAAACAUGAAAGUUAUAAGCAAUUAAGUAAAUUUUUCUAUUAUUUUCUUCCAAAACAACUUUGAUUUGUAGUUUCUAUAGUCACAAGUUAUGACGUCACCGGCGUUAACUGACUCAGCCGCCGCGCGAGUUAAAGCCCAAUCGACUUUACUCGUUUGGCUAUUGACAAAGGGCUAUUAUUAGUAUAUUUUUAAAAAAAAUUUUGAGCAGGUUCGUCUAUUUUUGUUAGGAAAAAAGUUGAUGAUUUCAUGGGUGUAGUUUUUUCGAAUAGAAUUAGAUCUUUCAACUUUGCGCUUAGCGAAACUUUAAAAACGUUUAAAAAAUUCCACAGAAAAACCCUUUGCACCAAUUGAAAACUUUGCUAUAAAAAGGCAGCGUAACACCAUCCACUAAGAACUUGUUCAUAAAAUUGAGCAUAGAAGGCGGUAUUUAUGUUUCAUAUAAUUCUGCUCUCAAAUAUUCUGGGUCUCGACAUUAUGAAAAAUUGAUUAUGACACUAUGACUCUGUAGAUAGAGCAGACCUAGGUGAAACGCUUUUUUGCAAAUUUAUCGUGGAAAUUUUGUUCAGUGUUUUCUUUUAGGACCUCCGAGCUUUGUGGAUUAAUCGUGUAAGCACAUAAUAAACCCGAAGGAAAUAUGUCGGUUACACGGUCUACUGUUUGGAUUCCUGAUGACAUGUAGGACUUAAAAUCGAUCCCGUAAUUCACCAACUUUUUUUAAAUUUUAAAUACAUUGCCACGAUUUUCUCGCCUCAAAAUUUUCUAUGAAAUUAAAAACGUAAGCCACUUUUGUUGAAAGAUUCUAGAGAAAAUCUUUGGAUACAGUGAUCUCUUAGUAUUGUUUGUCGUGUCGUUUAUUACUCUUUAUAAAUUAACCUCAUAACUUUUGUCCCAUAUAAGGGAAAAAAUAUUUUACAACCGUUGAGCCCAAUUGAUAGACGGAAUGAUUUUUGUUUUUCUUAAAUUUUUAGUUGAAUAUUAAAACUGCCCGAUAAUUUAUAAUUUUAAAAAUAAAGUUAACUUAAUAGUACACCCUGCUGUAUAGGGUUUUGACUUUCACGUUUAUGAGCAAUAGGCAGAAGUAUUAAAAUAACAAAGCAUCUUAAUUAAUACAGUAGACGAACCCAGUGAUAAACGUAAGCCAAAGUUAUAAUUUUUUGAAAUUUUGUAUUGGUUUUUAAUUUUUGUUUAAUUUACACUGCGAUUGUUCCGGUCACAAUAAAAGUUCCUAAAAUGUCACCCAGAAGGUUCCUUAAAAAUUGAUCUAUUUAAACACAGACGCAGUAAAUUCAUGUAGCGCCAAUUAUGAUCAAAAAUUGCACUAUCAGUUCAAUUUUCUACCUCUAUACCUCUAAAAUUGCAAUUUUAAACUUAAUUAAGACUUAGAAAAAAAAACUGAACAAUGUUUAAAACAAUCAAAAUGUGCUUUUAAAAAAUACACCAAAUCAAUUUAGAUUUUGCGAUUUCGACUAAUUUUUUAGAAUUUCAUGCC